GACAGCUCCUAAUGUAGAGAUAGUAAGGGAACCCCUAAUCGAGAGUUACUAGUUUGAGGGGAGGCAAUUUGUCACCUCUGAUCUAGAGUUAAAUGAAUCAAAUAAACUUGGUGUAUUAUGUAAAAGUGCAUAAGUUGGCAUUAGGUGUGUCAUUCAUGUAGCACGAAAAGUAUUUGUAAUUGUUUUGUUACAUUUUCAAAUUGUUCCCACAGUAUUAUAUUUAUCAAUUUCAUUUAUAUUAAAUAUAUUUGAAGUUACCAUUAUUUUUAUAAGUGAAAAUGUGUAAAGCAAUUUUUGUUAUUGUCUUCUUAAGUUUAUUAAUUAAUGAAGGAAAAGGUUUAUACUGCUAUAGAUGUAACAGUAAUCACCCUGGGUGUGGCACACCUUUAAAUUGGUUAUGGUAUUGGGGAGAGACUUGCCCGGAAUAUGAUGAUAAAUGUGUAAAAAUAAUCGAACGAAAAGGAGCUGAAGUAACUAUAACACGUGAAUGCUUGAGCUCUGUUCGUAGCUUUAGAAAAGAUAUACCAGCUGAUCGCUAUGAAGGUUGUCGACCUGCUGCUAAAGAUCUUCACUUAGGUCAUUAUGUGAACAAUUCCAUUCAUCAAUUAGAUAUCCACAGAGACUAUUACGAUGAAGUAACAUGGUGUUUUUGUUAUUUUGAUCACAGAUGCAAUAGUGCUGGUUCUAUUGCUAUAUCAACAUUAUUAUUGUUUGUAGGUGUGGCAAUACAACAGUAUACUAUAUAAAAUGGUUACAUAUCAUAUGAUUUUUAAUGCAUUUUUAUAAGUUUGUGCAAAUUAAUUUUUUUAUUGUCAUAAUUUUCAAAAAUUUAAUUGGAAACAAUAUAAGUGUAACCUGUAUAUAGUGUAAAUAAGCACUUACAAUAUAAAUAAUUUCAUUACAUAAAACCAGAAAUUGAUUUAAAUUGUUAUUCUGAUAUUAACAAUAUUUCUUCAUGCAAGAUGUUUUUUAUAUGAUCUACAUUUUUUUAAUUGAAAGUCUGACAUUGAUAUAUGUUUAUAGCGAAAUAAGGAUAAGCUACUAACUGUAGCUUGUGUUUAAUAUUUGUUCCGUCCAAAACUAUCUCUUGUAAUGUCAAUGCGAAAGUACUAGUACUUUAAUACUAAAAGUACCAAAACUCUGUUUAUAACUCUACCUACAGUAACUAGUCAAAUAACUAGUUAUAAAAUAAAGGUAAACAAGUUAAACAAUAAAUAUUUCUUGUUGGAAACAAACGGAAGGAAAGACAAAAAUUGAAAAACUAGUUAAUUGGAUAAUAUAGGAAUUAAUUUAUGUUAAGUGAACAAAGAAAAACGGAGAAUUUUAAAUCAAAUUUAACCGUUCGCAGUACAACUGUUAAUAUACAAAAAUGAUAUUUGAAACACUGUUAGAGUUGUCUUUAGCUGUUAAUUAUUGAUUAAUAUAUUCGCUAUUAUAUGGAUUGAAUAAAAAUAUAUUGUAAAUUUCCAAUUAUACAAAACUAAAGUAAACAUAUAAUAAUGGGCAUAUUACCUAUUAUAUAAUAUGUGUUAUAUUAAUGUACUCAGAAUUAAAUUUGUGUCACACAAAUAUAAUACUGUUAGCGAAUGUAUUAAUACGUAAUGUUACUAUUUAUAAAAGGGUGAGCAAGAAUAUUGUAAGAUUUAUGAUGAGAAACUAAAAGAAUAUUUUAUACUUUGUAAAUUUGUGAACCAAUGUAUUUCUGCAGUUAUGAUUUUAAGCACCCUUUAUCAUUUUACGAGAAUAACUAUACAUAUCAAGUUGCCGUCCAUUGUUAAAUAAGUAGAAUUACUUUAAAAAUUAUAUUACAUAUUAUAGAUUAGUUUUUAUAAUAUUUUUGUAAUCAUGUAUUUGUAU